AUGGACGAAAUAGCAUUAAUAUUGUUUGUACAACAAUAUGAGGACUUGUAUAAUUUGCAACAUCCCCACUAUAUGAAUCGGCAAAGGCGGGACAACAUAUGGGAAGAGAUUGGGGAACGAAUGAAUGAGACUGGGACAGUAUGCAGAGAAAGAUGGAGUAGAAUACGAGAAAAUUAUAGAAAGGCGUUGAGUUUAAGAAAGACCAAAAGUGGUCAAGCCGCAAGCAAAAUAAAACCGCCUAAAUAUAACAAGGAGUUGAGUUUCCUCACUUCCUAUAUAAACGAUGAAGAACAUAGACUUUCUAAUAUAUCACUACCAGAACGUGAAAUAGUACGAGAAACGUCCUCUUCACAUGUUUUGUAUUCACAAGUUGAUUCUCCAGGAGAUGAUUCCCAACAUUCAGAAUCACCAUUACCGAGGUACACUCCAACUCGCCCCUAUAGCCGUACGUCAUCACACAAAUCCACAGACAAUCCUACCACUAGUGUAGCAGCAGUACUAAAGGAGUAUUUGGCCAAACAAAAAGACGUGCCACAUAAUUCUGCGCAAAAUAAUAUUAAUGUACACCAAGAUCCUUUAAUAGAAUUUUUUAUGAGUAUGGCUAGAACUGUACAACGAUUUGAUAAAAAGAAACAACUGCACAUCAAAGGUAAACUAUUUCAAUUAGUGCAUAACGCAGAACUGGAGAUGCUGAAUGAAAAGGAUGCUCCUUCUGUACCUAUUGGAACGGUUCACUCCCCUGAACUGACCCAUUUUACCUUACCCUUAAAUCCAAUUCAAAAUACUACAACGUUCCAAUCCAUUGCGAUACCUCAUUUCACCAUUGCAGAAGAACGCUCCGCACACAAAAUUUCAUAUAUUGCACCGACCACCUCGACUGUCAUAUCUGGAGUGACUCGUUUCACAAAUGAAGAAAAGUAUUGCCCCGACCAUAUCGUCUGCAUCUGGAGAGUCUAA